AUGCCUCAGCCGGCCUGCCCCUGGGGGAACCAUCCGGACUCCCGGCGCCCCCCAUCCCCUUGCGUGAGCCCCGGACCGGCCCUCCGCGCCGUCAUCGAUCGCGAGAACCACUACCGCACCCUGUUCGCCCAGCACCGCGACCAUGCCGACCUGAAGGAUCCCCACCUGAUGAUGAUCCCCCUCUUCGACCAGGCCCCCGAGGCCCUGGUCGCUCGCGACGCCAACGAGGAGGCCGCCCUCGGCCCGGAUGGCCAGCCCCUCUUCCGGAUGAUGUUCGCCGACAGCACCGAGGGCAAUCGCUUCCGCAAGGCCCCCGGCCAGCCGGUCACCGCCGGCUCGCUUGCCGCCUUCCACCAGAACUGGGAGCUCUUCACCGAGAACUCCCUGCGCUAUGUCAACUGGGACAAUGUCGUGGUGGCCGGUGGCUCGGUCCUGGCCAGCCUCAUGCCGGUCUUCGACCCGGAGACCUCCUCCACCUUCAUGGAGGAUGCCGACGUGCCCUCGGGCCAGGUGGCCAAGGCCCGGGCCUCGCUCCAGGUGGACUCCUCCACCCGCAUGCUCAUCGGCGCCACGGCCACCGCCCCGGGCGAGGCCAUCUCCCCCAAGCGCCAGCGCUACAUCUACCACAACAUGCUGUACCGGUCGUCCGACAUCGAUCUCUUCAUCUACGGCCUGGAUGAGGAGGCCGCCCGGGCCAAGCUCGUCGAGCUGUACGAGGCCAUCUCCAAUGCCAUCCCCCACGCGGCCCUGGUCUUCCGGUCCAAGUACGCCGUGUCCAUCGUCAGCCAGUUCCCCUACCGGCACAUCCAGAUUGUCCUCCGCCGGUAUGCCUCCCCGGCCGAGGUGCUCAUGGGCUUCGAUGUGGACUGCUCCAGUGUGGCCUUCGACGGCCGGCAGGUGUACGCCAUGCCGCGUGCCCAUGCGUCCCUGGUGUUCCAGCGCAACACCAUCGACAUGUCCCGGCGGUCGCCCUCCUACGAGACCCGGCUGUCCAAGUAUGCGGCCCGUGGCUUUGCCGUGCGCACUCCCUACUACGACCUGGCCCGUGUGGAUCCCCAAAUCCUGGAGCGCUCCUUCGACCGGGUCCAGGGCCUGGCCCGGCUCAUUCUCCUGGAGCGCCUCCGGUCGCCGGCCGCCAUCCAGAACUACCGCGAUGAGCAGCGCCUCCGGCGCAUGCGCAACGAGUCCAAGGAUGCCCUCGGGUCUGGCAACAGCCUCGUCGGGACCCCCUCCGCCGGGGGGUACCUUCGCCAGCAAAUCGAAAACCGCCUCAGCAGCGAUGCCUUCCUCCGGGACCGGCUCAUGGGCACCGACAUCAGCGAGCUGUCCGACUAUGCCACGGUCUUCCUGCCCUGGGGCCCCAAUUGGAAUGCCAAGAGCAUCCAAACCCUCAUGGAGGGCAAGGACACCAUGCUCAAUUCCCCCUGGUUCGACCGGACCAAGACCUACCACACCCAUCCGUGCUUCGUCGGCCGGAUGUCCACCGUGCUGGAGGACUGCUGUGGCUUCUGCCCGCCCUUCCCCUCGGACUUCGACAUCAACGAGUCGGCCUUCGUCUAUGGGUCCCUGACCUUCCUGGCCGAUGACCCGGGCCGCCAGUCCAUCGGCUCCUUCCGGCCCAUCACCGAUGGCGACUGGCUGGAGCCGGCCUUCCUCGAUGAGUCGACCGAUUUGCUGGCCACCGCCGCGGCCACCGGCAACAUGGCCCUCUUCCGCCAGGCCCUGGAUUUGGAGUCCGAGCGCUUUGUCCGCGAGCGGGAUGCCGCUCGCGCUGACAAGGUCGCCGCCGACCGGGCCCUGGCCGAUGCCCUGGCCGCCGUGGAGGAGGCCCAGGCCGGCAAGGCGGCCGCCGCCGCUUCCAUGGACCUCGAUGGGCCCCAGUCCCCGGAGGCCGAUGAGGCUGCCUGGGCCGCGCGGCUGUCGGCCGCCCGGUCGGCCCAUGCCCUGGCCACGGUGGCCCAGGACCGCGCCACCAAGCGCCUGGAGGACAUGAUCGGCAUGCGGCUGGAUUCCCGGGACUCCCUCGGCCGGACUCCGUUGAUCCUGGCCGUGCUGGCCAAUCGCCGGGAAUUGGUCCAGGCCCUGUUGGAUGCCGGCCUGCGGUCCCUGCGGGCGGCGGUCCUGCGCCUGCGCUGCUCCGGCCAUGUGGAAGACCUGACCGAUGAGGCCGAUCGCCGCCUGCUGGCCGAGCUGGAGCCCUGCCUGGAGUUGCCCCUGCCGGAGCAUGUGCAGCCCAACCUCUCGGAGCGCGCCUUCAAUGGCCGGACCCCGCUGCACUUUGCUGCGCACUACAAUCGCCCGGAGAUUCUGGCCGACCUGCUGGAGUACAAUCACCAAGUGCGCGAGUUGCUUCUGGAGGCCCGUCGCAUUCGCGAGGGCUCCGCGCCCGGGGUCAAGCGCGCGCGCCCCUCCUCCGACCUGCAGGAUGGCGAUGAGGCCAAGGCCGCGGCCGUGCGCCAUUCGCUGGCCAUCGCCGACAGUGCGCGCGCCUCUUCGCCCGGCACCGCCGACAUGGACCUCGAGGAGGAGGAGGAGGAGGAGGGCUCCGGCUCCGAGGGCUCCGGCUCCGAGGGCUCCGACUCCGACGGCUCCGAGGGCUCCGACGGCUCCGACUCCGAUGGGUCCGAGGGCUCCGAGGGCUCCGAUUCCGAUGGGUCCGAGCUCGAGGACAUGAUGGAGAUGGCCGAAUCCGAUGACGACGCCGAUCCCCAUGUCACCAAGACCUACAAGGUCAGCGUGGCCAGCGCCUCCGAUCCCAAGGCCUCGGUGACCAUCCGCGAGGCCUUUGUCUCGGUGGACUGCGAGGAUUGGGACGGCCAUCUGACCCCGCUGCAUUAUGCCGUGCUCUUCGGGAGUGUGGCCUGCGCGCGGGUGCUCCUGGCCCAUGGGGCCAAUGCCUCGCGGCCGUGCCUGCCCUUCGCCAACAACGACCGCGAUGCCAUGACCCCCCUGAUGCUGGUGGCCUUCGUGGAGGACAGCACCAUCGCCGUGUCCCUGGCCCGGCUCCUGGUCGAGGGCGUGGACCUGGUGCCGAUUGCCCAGCGCGAUGUCGACUCCCCGACCGCCACCCGGUCGCAGCCGGCCAACCUGGUUGACAUGCUGCUGACCAGCCAGCUGAAUGUCAUCGGGGUGUAUGCCAUCCGCCUGCGGGCGGACUUGCUGACCGACUUCGUCGGCAAGUGCUUCCCCCCGGAGGUCCUGGCCCCGCUGCUGGCGCAUGUCACCAUCGGCCAGCUCAACCCCCUGUCCCUGGCCAUUCGGUAUGGCUUCCAGCUGGCCGCGGACUUUGGCCGGCGGAGCAUGCCGGUCAUCCUGCGCGAGGGGCUGGGCCGUGCUGCCCGCGAGCAGCUCACCGCCGACACGGUCGAGGCCCUGCUCCGCCUCGGCACCCCGGCCAUCGUGCAGAUGUCCCACCUGAAUGCCUCCAAGGAGCUGCUCAUGGCCGUGUGGACCGACCGCCGGCCGUACAGCGCCGAGCGCGGCUACUCCAGCCUCAACCUCGAGACUCAGCCUCAUCACCUGGCCCUGACGGCCCGCCUGCCGCGGGUGCUGGAGCUCAUCCUCCAGGCGUUGGAGUCGUCGCUGGUGUCGAUCGUCUUCCAGAGCGUGUCUCGCAUGCCGGCCACCUUCCGCGACCAGCUGAACAACGUCGCCAGCGCCUACAGCUCUUCCAACAAGCGCCCGCCUCCGCGGUCUCGAAAUGCCCCCCUGGUGGCCGAUGUCACCUUCAACCCGGCCGUCGGCCUGGCCCCGGCAUGCAACCUCGUGGACUUCGUGGUGUCCGCCGCCGCGGAGAUGAUUUACGCCUGCAACCACAACACCGAGCAGCUGGCCUCCCUGCGCGCCGCCGCGCCGGAGCUCUUCGACCUGGUGGACCAGAUUUACACGCACACCGAGCUGAACACCGAGACCGCCCUCAAUGAGGUGGAUGUCAACAGCUCCGAUGUGGAGGUGGCCGACAUCCGGGCCGCCAUGCGUGCCAUCAAGCAGGCCAUGCGCGAUGAGUAUGCCGCCGCCCUGGCCACCCUCAAGUCCUCGGCCGAUUCCACCAUGGACGAUGCCUCCUCGUCCGGCUCCGAUGACGAUGAGUCCCCCGAGCCGGCGCAGGCAUCGGUCGACAUCGACAUCGAUGGGGAUCUCAUCGAGCAGGGCGACCACCCGGCCGACCAUGAGGACUUUGUCCACGAGCGCCCGGCUCCGGAUGCCCUGCUGUGGCUGGCCGCCGGGGAUGUCACCGGCCAGGCGAUGCCGGAUUCCCGGCUGUCUGAUCAUGACGACCAUGUGUUCAUCCUGCGCAAUGCCAUCCGCCUGCGCGAUCGCCAAGCCCGGAAGGUCCGCUCUCCGCAGGGGCUGUUCGACACGCCGGAGCUCUUCUCCACCACCGGCAUCCAUUCGGUCCUGGCGGGCAUGCGCACUCGUCGGCAGAUCCUGCGCGAGAUCGCCCGCCAUGAGGCCCUGUCGGCGGAUUCGCCAUCCACCCCCCCGGGCGCCCUGCUGACCAUCCUCCUGCACGACCUGGCCGUCAUCAAUUACAUGCUCGGCCUGCCGGCCGGCGAGCGCGCUGACGAUCGCGACGCCGAGCACUUUGCCGCCCUGGCCAAUGCCCAGCGCGGCGGCCACUCCACCCCCAAGGUCAUGGCUCGCCUGCGGCCGGACAUCCUGGCCACCGCCAAUGAGGCCAUCGACACGGUGGCCGACGCCGCGCGCCACCAGCGCAUGGAUGCCUUCCGUCGCCUGGAUGACAUGCGCCGGAUGCUGGCCACCCGCUUCGGCAUGAGCACCACCUUCACCCUCACCUACCCGGCGGCGGUCGGUCCCGAUCCCCAGCCCAAGCGCGUGCGCCGGCUGGGCUUCGAUGACCCGACCCAGCUGGCCACCCAGCUGGUCAACGAGUAUUCCAACCGUUGCUGGAGCCGGAUCACCGCUCGCGAGGCCGACGCCCUGAGCAAGACCCUCACCCCGGCCGCCAUUCAGGCGGCCCUGGCCCGGGAGCUGGGCGGCCAGCAGCACAUCACCGCCGAGCCGGAGCUCGAGUCCUUCACUCGGCGCCUGGCCGCGUCGGCCCUGGCCGUGCUGCCUGCCACCCUCAAGCGCCUGGUGACCUUCGCCGCGGAGGCCGCCGCUCGCGAAGCCAAUGCCAAGGCCCUGCUUGGGCUGAAUGCCGCGGCCCAGUCCCCCGGCUCCAAGUCCACCCCUCAUGCGCGCAAGUCCGCCAAGCGCCACCCUCAUCGCCGCCGGAUGGCCAAUGUGUCGGAUGUGGCCCGGGUCCAGUUUGUGGCCGGCGAUCAGCCGGUCAAGGGCGAGGCCAAUGAGGCCAUCUACCGGGCCCUCUUUGAGGCGGUCUUCGCCGGGGACCUGGACCGCGUGGCCGACCUGACCGACACCACCAAGCAUGGUGCCAGUGUGGCCCUGGUCGACUCGCGCAUGGGCGGCUCCUCCAAGACCACCCCCCUGCGUGUGGCCCUGCGCUUCCUGGACCACCCGGCCCCCAUGGUGGAGCUGCUGCUGUCCCGGAUGGCGAGCCAGUACCGGCCGAAGCUCAGCCGCGCGGCCAUGCGCGUCGCGGCCCAGGCCGCCUCGGAGACGGCCGACUCGGCGGCCAAGCGCGCGGCCCGCGUCAACAAUGUCAGCCUGCUGGCCGCCGGCUUCGCCGGCCAUGAUGACGAGUGCUCCGACUUCUCCGACGAUGACACCUGCUACUUCGAUGAGGGGGCCCUCAGCAUGGCCAUGGGCCGUGACAUGCUGGCCUCCUCGGCGUCCAUGUCCAAGGCGGAGGCCGCCCAGCGGGCCUUCAGCCGGGCCAGCCGGGCCAAUCGCCUGGCCCAGCGCGCCGCCAGCCAGAAGAAGCCCGAUGCCGAUGACCCGGCUGCCGCCAAGGCCGAGCGCAUUGGCCACCUGCGCUUCAGUUCCACCAACCCGGUGGAGGGGUUCCUGCGGCAGCAUGGGUUCCUGCCGGCCGCUCGGCGCCGGGCCGGCCACACCGAUGCCCAAAUGGCCGGCAUGCACCUGCUGAAUGAGGACAUGGCCAGCACCUUCCGCCAGUCUUCCUCCCACAACCGCUGGUACUCGCGCCAUGCCCGUCGGACGGCCGAUUCCUCCGGCCAGGAGCCCCUGCCCACCUUGAAGACCCUGGCCAAGUGGGAUGACCGCCGGGCCCCGGCCACCGGGGAUGCCCCGGCCCAGGACUUCCUCCGGCAUCGGACCUCCACCGAUGCCUACCUGGGCCUGUCGCCCUCGCAAUCGGUCUCCCUGAACAUCCUCAAUGAGACGCUCUUCCAUGCGGCCGGCCUGCCCGGCGGCGAGGACCAUGCCCUGGCCUUGGUGCUGGCCCUGCUCAAUGGCCUGCGACUGGUGGAGGAUACCGUCACGCGGUUGGACCGCCUGGCGGCCCGGCUCCAGGGCCACUCGACCUAUGCCCCGCCGGUGAUGCAGCUGGCCGAGCGCCUGGCCUCCAACAUUGCCGCCGACGCCGAGGACAACCCCCUGCCCUUUGCCAUGGCCGUGGCCAUGGGCCUGCCUCAGUCGGUGCUGCUGCUGCUGCUUCGGCGCUUCGGUGCCGGGGUCAACUUCGCGGUUUGGCCCCUGCCGGCGGAUGUCCCCGUGGCCGAGGUCCGUCGCCACACGGUCCUCACCCGGUCCAGCAAGACGUCCCUCUUCCUGCCGGCGGCCGAGGGCGGCGAGGGGAUCGACCGGUCGGCGCGCAAUAUGCUGACGCUGGUGGCCCUGUCCGGUGGCCCGGGCGCCCGGCCGGAGGGCUUCAACAACAUCGACUCCCCGAUCAUCGGUGGCCAUGGGGCCCACCAUCCCUUGAGCUUCCUGCCGCCGGCCACGGUGGCCCUGCUGGCCGGGCAUGAGGACCUGGCCCGUUGGCUGGCCACCGACCCGGCCCCGCGCCAGGCAUUCGCCCAGUUCUGGAACCGCACGACCGAGCGCCGGCCGGCUUCCGAGCUCCUGGUUCGCGGUGCGCCGGAUGUGGCCCGCCUGGCCGAGAUGGUCCCCGACACCGAGCGCAGCAUCCUCCGCGCCCUCGGUCGCGAGGUCUUCCUCACCACGGCCCCCCUCGAGCGGUCGCUCUUCCAAUUGGACACCGUGCUCAAGGUGGCCCCGAUGGGCACCUCCAGCGGGGACAGCCGCACCGAGUACACCACCGCCGUGUCGGCCGUCACCCUGCUGAAUUCCCGCCCGGCCUUGGCCCUCCUCCGGGACAUCCUCACCUCGGCCCCGUACUCCCUGUCCUCCGGCCAGCUGACCGACCUGGCGGCCAUCGGCCUGGCCCUCGAUGCCGAGGCCAAGCCCAACAGCCUGGCCGCUUGGACCACCAGCACCUCGGAGGACCGGCCCUUGGCGGUGCUCUGCACGCGCGAUGUCGCCCUCAGCCCCCUGUCCCUGGCGACUCGGCUGGGCUUGACCGAUGCCACCGCCGGCCUGCUGGCCGACCUCCAUGCGGAUCCCAGCCAGAUGGACGCCUUCCGCGGGUGGACCCCCCUCCACCAUGCGGCCCAUGCGCACCAGCCGGCCGCGGCGGCCCUGCUGCUGGACAGCGUGGUCCAGCGCGCCGCCGCCGCCGCCGGCCCCUCGGCCGAUGCGGCCACCCAGCUGGCCGCCCUGCGCCAGGCGAUCUUCGCCCGGAGCCCGGUGUCCGGCCUGAGCCCGGUGCACCUGGCCGCCGAGCGUGAUGCCCAUGGGGUUCUCCACGAGAUGGCCCUGGCCCUGGCUCGUGCUCGGUUUGCCACCGCCAGCCCGAACCCGGGGCAGCUGCUGCUGGCCCGGGCCGAGCUCUUCCACCCGGAUCACCGGACCGCCGCCGGUGGGGACACCUCCCUGCAUGUGGCCCUGCGCUUCUCGCAAUUCCUCCUGGCCUGCGAGAUGAUCCUGGCCCUGGGCCUGGCGGCGGCCAUCCAUGCGCUUGGCCCGGCGGCGACCGCGGCCAAUUCCGACACCGUGCACACCAUGGCCGAUGCCCUGCUGGGCCUCCUUUCCGGGGACAAUGCCUCGGUCGGGGCCAUCCUCCAAGCGACCACCGCCGCCUCGGCUGGCAGCCCCCUGGCCCAUGUGGACUGGGCCCUCCUCCGGCAGGCUCUCCUGUCGGAGAAUGCCUUCGGCCUGACCCCGGCCGAUCAGCUCUUCACCACCCAGCGCAUGGUCCUCGGCGCCAAGGCCCCCAGUGGCGAUGGGUCCGUCAGCAAUGUCGAAGAUCUGCGCGCCUUCGGGACCCAUGCCAUCCUGUGCUCCGGCUUGACUCGUGCCCUCGGCGUGGCGGCCCCCCUGCCCACCGGCGGCACCGGCCACUUCUCCUGCUCGGCUCGGCUCUUCGCCGCCCUGCAUCUCCUCGCCAGUGCCCUGGCCUUCUCGCCGGUCGAGGGGCACCCGGCCACCGCCGGCAGCGCGGCCGCCGCUCGCCAGCUCAUCCCCUCGCCCGAUGUCCGGGAGGCCCUCUUCCACCUGGCCAGCCAGACGAUGCUUCGCCUGGAGCGCACCAGCUCCAGCCACCACUAUGCCAACCCCUACCAAAACUACUACUCCUCCUCCUCCUCCUCGGACACCACUCCCGCCUCCAACGGGGCCCUCCUGGUGUCCUGCUUCGAGGGCAGCCCCUCUCGUCCGAAGGUCAAGGCCCCCCAGGCCUUCCCCGCGCAUCUCCUCAACCGCAACCUCUUUGUUCCGGUCUGAAAGGAAAGCAAGCAACGCCGCCAUCCAUUCCGCCCCCCGGGUGGCUGGCCCUGCCUGCACGCUGCACGUCCAUCCCCCCCCCCCC